AUGGGCGACGCCUUCGCCGCGCUCAUCGCCGCGUCGUCGCCGGGCCCGGGCGCCAUGGCCGCGCUGAACGCGCUGGGCGGCGCGCGGCGCGCGACCAUCGGCGCGCUCGCCGUCGGCGCGCUCUGGCCGCUGUGCAGCCUGAAAUCGCUCGCGGCGCUCGCGCCGACGUCCGCGCUGGGCACGGGCGGCGUGCUCUACACGGCGGGCUUCAUGGCGAAGCGCUGCCUGGACGGCACCUACGCCGCCGGCGGCAGGUUCGCCAAGGAGUGCGGCGUCGCGACGUUCGGCGACACGCUCGGCUUCGGCAGCGUCAAUUUGGGCGUCUACCUCGCCAUGUGCGGCACGGCCUACAUGGCCCACUUCAACGCGCCGUCCUUCUUCCAGGACGCGGGCAAGAAGAUGAAGCCCUACAACGCGGUGAUCCGCAACGGCUUCGGGUUGUCGAUCCUGCUGAACAUCGCGUUCAUGGCCGCGGGCUUCAACACCUUCGGCAAGGGCGCCAAGGGCCUCGUGCUCAACAACUACGCGACGACGGACGCGCUCGCCGUCGUCGCCCGCGCGCUCUUCGGCGUGUCCGUCGUCUUCACGUUCCCGUUGGCGUACAACGCCGUGAAGACGGGGCUGCGCGGCGUCGCCCGGAACAUGUUCGCCAAGACCGACGCGGAGACCCUCGAGAAGGCCGUCGUCGGCGUGCCCCUGGCGCUGAUCACGGCCAUCGCCCUCGUCGUCGACGACGCGGGCGUCGUCGCCGCGCUCACGGGCGCGCUCAUGGGCUCCGCGGUCAUCUACGCGCUCCCCGCGCUCAUGCUCCUCAAGGGCGACAAGGUCGCCAAGGCGGGCUGGGAGAAGAAGAUCGCGCCCUUCGCCAUGCUCGCCAUGGGCGCCGUCGGCGCCGUCCUCGGCGUCUCCGCCGGCUCGGGCCCGCGGAAGAAGAAGCAGCCGCGGCGCGAGACCUACGCGCCGAACGCGCCGCCGCCGCCGCAGCCCAAGCCCGUCGACGCCGACCCGGGCCCCGAGCCGGGCACGCGGUUCGUCGACGAGGGCAAGCUGUGGGUCGUCUACCGCCGCGAGGGCCGGCGGAUGGUCACCAAGGUCGUGGGCACGGCGAAGCUGCGCAAGGUCUACAAGGAGCUCGACGUCGUCUACUACUACGCCGCCGACGCUCCGCGGCCCAGCGAGGAGAACUACCUGAGCGAGUGCGAGUACUCGGGCAUCGGCGAAGUCCGCGACUGGAUCGCGCGGACGCCGCCCCACUUCGCCGCGCAGCCCGCGCCGACGGCCGCCGCGGCCGCGCCGGCGGCGCACUCGCGCGACGCGGCGGCGGCGGCGGCCGCCGCCGCGCGGCCCCGGCCGGCGGCCAAAGCGCCGGCCGCGCCGGCGGCCAAAGAGCGGCCGCGGCCCGCGCGGCGGCCGGCGGCCCAGAAGGCGCCCGCCGCGCCGGCGGCGCCGUCGGCGCCGCCGCCGCUCCGGCCCUGCAACGGCACGGUCGAGGCGACGAGCGCGUCGGGCAUCUGCGCCGUCAAAUGGGCCGACGGCACGACGUCGGACCUGCUCGUCGCGGACGCGCGGCGCCUCGGUCUCGCUGUGUGA